UUUCCGGAUGUGGUUGGCUGUUUACUUUGUUCAAAGAACUUCCUUUUAGGAAUUUUGACAGCAUGGCACAGGCGACUGUUUUGCAGAAUUUGUAUGCAGAAUUAAACAAAUAUAAGAACAACCAGGAGUAUGACCGAGCUCUAAAGAUAGUUAACAAAAUUUUGCAAGAAGACAAUACAGAUACAACAGCAUUUCAUUGUAAAAUUGUUUGCCUAAUUAAAGAGGAUAAAUUUGACCAAGCAUUAACGACGAUAAACAAAGCAAAAGAUCUUUCCAGUGGGUUACAUUUUGAGAAGGCUUACUGUCAGUACAGAUUAAAUAGGACUAAGGAAGCAUUAACAACAUUGAGAAGUGUAGAUAAACCAGACACAAGAGUGAAAGAACUCCUUUCUCAAGUGUUAUACAGAUUAGAGCAGUAUGAAGAAUGUUACAACUUAUAUAGAGACAUCAUUAAAUCUACAGAAGAUGAUUUUGAAGAAGAGAGACAGACAAAUUUGUCCGCUGUUGUUUCUUCUUUACAGCUGUGGGACAAGAAAGAUGUAGAGAAUCCUGAGUUGGAUGAAACUUCAUAUGAGAUUUGUUACAACAAUGCUUGUUACUUUAUUGGAAAAGAAGAUUGGAAAAAUGCUGAGAUGAAACUGAGGAAAGCAGAAAUUUUUUGCAAGAAAAGUUUUGAGGAUGAAUCAGAUGUUACAGAGGAAGAAAUAGAAGAAGAAUUGGGAAUUAUAAGAGUACAGUUAGCCUAUGUGUUACAGAAACAAGGACGUAAAGAUGAAGCUGUCAAAUUAAACAAUCAAGUCACUAAGAAUAAACCAUCAGAUAUGGCUGUGAUGGCAGUGUUAUCCAAUAAUAUCAUCACUCUUAAUAAGGACCAAAAUGUAUUUGAUUCUAAGAAAAGAAUGAAAACAGCCAAAGCAGAUGGUUUAAAACAUAAACUAACAGCUGCACAGCAGAGAUGUAUUAGUUUGAAUGAAGGCUUACUACAUAUGUACACAAACCAGAGUAGCCAGUGUCACAAUUUAGCCCAGAAGUUAAUGAAGGAGUACCCUGAUAUUGAUACACCAGUGUUGAUUGAAGCUGCCCAGUAUGUCAAGGACAAAGAUACUACUAAAGCCAUUGAAGUCUUGAAGGCUUAUGAACAGUCUCAUCAAUCCAGAUCAGUUAGUAUAAAGAUGGUGAUUGCACAGAUAUACCUGUCCCAAGGACAUGUGUAUGAUGCCUGUGACACACUGAAGACAAUGGGAGACUUACAAUACAAACCUGGUGUGGUCUCUGCCAUGGUCACAUUGUACUUGGGACAAGAGGACAGGGAACAAGCUUCUAAAGUUCUAACACAGGCUAUAGCUUGGUACAAGAAAAAUCAGCCAUCUUCUGCCAGCAUGUCGACUUUAAUGAGAGCUAACACUACACUACAAAUACAGAUGGGUAACCCACAACAAGCUGCUGCUAUGUUAGAAGAACUCAGAAAAUCUAAUCCUAAGGAUCCACGUAUACUGGCAGAGUUGAUAUCAGCAUACUCACAGUUUGAUCAGGCAAAAGCACAAAAAAUAAGUGGUGAUUUACCACCAGUGGAGGAUAUUGUACAGGGUAUUGAUGUGGAAACACUUGAGGCCUCAUUUAGCUCACUAGGACCAAAAUACAUCAAGAAAGCUCUGAAAUCUGAUGCUCAGCCUUCACCUGGACCAGCUGGUGAUAUGAUCAUUCAGAAAUCAAAGAGUAAAAAGAAAAAGAAAGGCAAACUUCCCAAGAAUUUAGAUGCUGAGAUAGACCCAGAGAGGUGGUUACCAAGGAGAGAAAGAUCAUAUUACAGAGGAAAAAAGAAGGAUAAAAGGAGAGAUAUAGGAAAAGGAACACAAGGAGCGUCAGGUCCUGCUGGUGACAUAGACAACAGCAAGCUUGCCACUGGUGGAGGAUCAGGUAGUGAAGCAAACUCACCCCGUCCUGGUCAGCAAACCUCCCCUCCUGGUGCUGCCCAGCCCACUGCACAGGGCCCAAGGCAACAAAAACCUGUACAGGCAAACAAGAAAAAGAAGAAGAAGGGUGGUGGAAAGUGGUAGUGGAGUACAUGCAAUAAGAAAGGACAUUACUAUCCUUUAUUCAACAACACUGUUAAAUGUCUGACAUAUGUCAUUAAGUGAAUAAUGUAUUGUAUUGUGUCAGUUAAAAUAUCGAAUAAAUUAUUGGUCAGUUUUUGGUUAUUAA